AGCUGGUUCAGGAGAACAAUUGCGCCGCAUAGCUCCUGAAAGUGCUGUGCUAGACAUUAACUUCCCAUGGCAGAUCCCGUCAUGCUAGAGACGCCUCCGACGGCAUGGUUUCUAUUCCUCUUCCCGCUCUUCCUCUCGUUUGUGUUUUAUUACUGGUUCACUUGGAAGACAGGAAAAAGGCAACAGCUUGCAGGCAGACUCCCGCCAUCACCACCGGCGCUGCCCAUCAUCGGCCACCUGCACCUCCUCGGCUCGCUCCCGCACGUCUCGCUCCGCAGCCUCGCCAGGAAGCAUGGCCCUGACGUGAUGCUCCUCCAUCUCGGCGCCGUGCCGACACUCGUCGUAUCGUCGCCGCGUGCCGCAGAGGCCGUGCUGCGCACGCACGACCAUGUCUUCGCGUCACGGCCACACUCCAUGGUCACCGACAUCCUCAUGUACGGCUCGUCCAACAUCGGCUUUGCGCCAUAUGGCCAAGGCUGGCGGCAGGCAAGGAAGCUCCUCACCAACCACAUGCUGAGCGUUAGAAAGGUGCAGUCUUUCCGCAGCGCCAUCAUGGAGGAGGUAAGUUUCAAUGACUUUCUAGUUUUCGCCACACCACAUUUGAUAGAAUUAUUUUUAAUAUCUCGGCGUGAAACACAUUAUGAAGACAUAAAAUUGAAAAAUGCAUAAACUUCAUCCUUUCCAAACCAAAAAACUUAAUAUUUAAGACGAUGAAGAAAAUUGUGGAUUGUUAAAAAUCAAAAUUAGAUGGCGAGUUGACCAGAAGAAAAUUAGAAAAUGGGCUGGUCUGUCUAUCCACAAGGCGACGUAGUGCAGGUCCGUCGGACAAAAAUAUAUUAUCAUAUUUAAUUAAUAUUUAAUAAUUUGAAAGAAAAGCUAACCAUAGAUCAUGAGGGUAAAUAAUAUAGCUUGUGCGUCAUUAAGAAAUCUCGAAACAGAAAGGUGUGACAGCUCCCGGUGCCUAGGCACCGUCUA